ACCCCAAAAUGAAAAACGCUGUCCUUUGGUAUUAGCUAGCUCCAGCCUGCAUUCUAACCUCCGAGUUCCAACACUCUCUAAAACACCAAUGACCAAACCCUCCUCCCUGUCACGCUGUCUUUUGUUUCUUUCUUCUCUCUCUCAAAACCUUAAACAAUCAAAAUCAAUCAACAAAACAGAAGAAACUCUCUCUUAUCUCUCUCUCUCUCUCUCUCACCCCAAAACCAAAACCAAAACCAAAACCAAAACCAAAGAAGGCAAAGGAAGAAAGAUGGGCGGUCCUUGUCCAAAAUCCCUCAUUUUCCCUCAAUUUCCCAAACAAUCCCUUAAUUUGGAAAUAUGGGGUUUGAUCCUCUUCCUAGUGGUUGUGGUUGUGGUCCUCCCCCUCCCCACCACGGCCACCGCCGUAAGUCCGUCGUCUAGCAUCUACGACCACCUGCGGCAGCAGGGCCUUCCCAUGGGGAUCCUCCCAAAAGGCAUAACGGAAUAUUCUCUAAACGGCAGCACUGGAGAAUUCCGGGUGUUGCUAGCGCAGCCGUGCCACGCCAAGUUCGAGAACCAGGUGCUCUACGAUUUCAACGUCUCGGGCGUUCUGUCUUUCGGGCGAAUCGCCAACUUAUCGGGGGUGUCGGCUCAGGAACUGUUCCUAUGGUUUCCAGUGAAGGGGAUCAGAGUGGAUGUGCCGAGCUCUGGCCUCAUUUACUUCGAUGUCGGCGUUGUUGACAAGCAGUUCUCUUUGUCCCUCUUCGAGUCACCCCCUGAUUGCACCGCCGUUGACCCUUCUGAUCCCAACUUCAAUCCAGCUGCUCACCACACCGACCACUAUUCUCAUUCCCCAUCUGGGUCGUCGUCUAAGAUUGAAUCACAGAAUCUUGGGGAUGAAGUCAGUCAGAAAAGUGAACUGAGGGCUUCUUCAUAGGUUGUGCAGGCAGAGAUAUGGUUCAAGUAAUCUCAAUCAACCCAGGGGGCUUUUAUAGUAUUUUAGUUUUCUCCUUUGCCUGAAGUGGAUGUGGAAGAUUCUGGUUUGGGAGGUCCUAAACUUUGAAUACGUGUGCUUGUUUACUAUACUGUGCGUACAUAGUUGGCUUGAUACUUCUGUCUUUGCGGGGAAAAUUACAACAAUUUUGGUAAAGAGGAGAGAGAAAAUGGAAGAAUGGAUAUCUACGUUUAGUAGGGUGAGACAGGGAGACAGGGAGACAGGGGGAUUGGGUCAGGUUGGCUUUUUGGCUAACUAAAAUUUGCUUCAAAUUUAAGUCAGUUGUUGUCAUCAUAUAAAUUUACUUAUAAUAGAUAUAAUGACAUAUGGGUUCCUUCUGUUCUGGUGGUGCUGUUGAGUUUCUGUAAAUCUGUGAAAACUGAUUUUUUAUUUUUUCUGUGAUGAGAUAUGUUGAGGGUGUUUUUUA